UACGAGAAAACAGAGACCUAACCGAGAAUAAAAAUUUUCUAGAGCGAGAAAGAAAACGAAACCCUAGAGAGAGAAACGCCAUGUCGUCGGGCUUCGACACCUUCAUCCUCGACGGCGACGAAGCUGCCCCCGGCGCCACCGACGAAGGAUACUCCGGCUACGACUCUCAGCGCUACGAGAGCUACUCCGGAUUCUCUGCCGGCGACGAGGAGGUCAAAGAUCCGGCGAUCGGAGGUGACUACGGAGAGAUCCCAGUCCACGGCGGUGGGAUCGGGUCGGAUCCGGCGUCGCCGGAGGGAACGGGGUUCGCGUCGGAUCCGCCUCCGUUUGGGAUGCCGGAGUCUAAUGGAAAGGUUUAUGGGAUAGAGGAGAGCGAGGACAUCUUUACCUCCGAUGGGCCGAUGCUGCCGCCGCCGAACGAGAUGCAGGAGGAGGGGGCUAAGUUGCGGGAAUGGCGACGACAAAAUGCCAUCCAUCUGGAGGAAAAAGAAAAGAGGGAAAAGGAAAUGCGCAACCAAAUCAUUCUUGAAGCCGAGGACUACAAAAAGUCUUUCUACGAGAAAAGGAAACUCAAUGUUGAAACAAGCAAGAACCACAACAGAGAGAGGGAGAAGCUAUUUCUAGCAAACCAGGAGAAGUUCCAUGCUAAUGCGGACAAACAGUACUGGAAGGCAAUUGCAGAGCUGAUACCAAAUGAGGUGCCAAACAUCGAAAAGAGAAGAGGGAAGAAAGAACAAGACAAGAAACCAUCUGUUGUUGUGGUCCAGGGCCCUAAGCCAGGCAAGCCAACUGAUCUCACAAGAAUGCGUCAAGUGCUGGUGAAGCUGAAGCAUAACCCUCCCCCUCACAUGAUCCCUCCUCCACCACCUAAAGAAGCCCCCAAAGAUGCUGCUGCUGCUGCUGCUGCUAAAGAUGGCAAAGCAACCACAGCAAAAGACGGUAAAGCAGCAGAUGGUAAGAAAGUUGCAUCAGCGAAAGAAGCAGCCGCGAGUAAUGGUAAGGGAUCGCCUAAAGGAGAGGAGACUCCUGCUACUGCAGCGGUGGAAGUGGCAGAAGCAACAGAAGCAGUAGGAGAGAAGCCGGCUGAUGCGCCCGAACCUGCUCCCGCUGAGUAGGCGGCGGUUGUCUUCUCUGCAUUUUCUGGUAUAGCCUUAGUACUUAUGGUUACUGAAGAAUAAAGCUGGGCUUUCUUUUUGGUAUUAGGCCCAGGUUCUCUUUUAUAUUUCAGCAGGGAUGAGCUUCCUCUUCUUACUGACCAACCCAUUGUUCAUUUCUUGCUCAUGUAGAAAUUGGUCAUUUAGCUUAGGAAUCCGGCUUUGAGAUUUUUCUUGUAUGGGAUUCAUGUUUUCACUUUUCCUUUUUUUUUUCUUUCCUCCCCCUUCUGAUAUGUAUUAUUAUACUUUGGGCUGUUGGACCACAGGAACCUGAAUGGUUGUUUUCCUAAUUUAUUCGACAUGAUUCUAAAUAUUGGAUAUCGGAACUUUGUUUUCA